ACUUGCAAUAGGGCAUGGCUGGUAGAAAAGCCCCGAAAAUGGACCUACUUGCAAAAUUGGUACAUGUGGAGAAUUUGAUGCACCAUGUGAGUGUUCCUUUACCAUAGAGCAUGGUUUGACGAUGAUGACUUCGCAACCCAAUCCGUUUUUAGUUUGGCCUAAAGAUGGGAAUCUGUAUCGAUAUAAUGACACAACAGGUAAAAGUCCACUGCCUUAUAACUUAGUUCAAAAUGUGAUCACUGCCGAUGGUUAUGGAUCACGUCUCGUUCUUCUUAUCAGGAAAUUCCCAGGCCCUUUGAUUGAGGCAUACGAGAAUCAAAACAUGAUCAUACAUGUCCGCAACCUGAUGCACACAGAUUCAACGACUGUACACUGGCACGGUCAACAUCAAAAACAUACAACACAUAACGACGGUGUGGCAUUCGUUACACAGUGUCCAAUACCACCAGGCCAAACCUAUACAUAUAAAUUUACUGCGUAUCCACAUGGCUCUUUCUUUUAUCACGCGCAUAUUGGAGAUCAAAGAAGUAUGGGGUUGGAUGAAGGUUUUGUUAUCUAUCCACGAGAAAAUCUAUCUCAACCUCAAGGCUUUGCUCUUCUUCUCCAGGAUUGGAAUCAUAGUGACGACCCAGAGGCAAUAUACCAACGUAUGUUGAACGGCAUUUACGAUCUCACAACUCAUAUGAAGAUAAAUACCACACAAGCAGUGGAUGGUGCGAAUUUCAGUCGAUUUCAUUUUCAUUCAGGAAUUUUCAAUGGCAAAGGUCGUUUUUAUAACACUGAAAAUUUUAACAAUGGCGCCCCUUUGGACAUUUUUCAGGUAGAACCAAACAAAUUUUACCGCUUUCGAAUAAUUAGUGCAGCUACCCUGUAUCCCUUCCGGGUUUUUGUUGAAGGUCAUCCAGAGUUGAUCAUAAAAGCCUCGGAUGGAUAUGAAAUCCGAGGAGGAUAUGAAAAUGAAUCGAGAGAAUUAAAAGUUGAGUCCUUCAUAAUUCAUCCAGGGGAGCGAUAUGAUUUUAUAUUAAAAACAGAUAAAAGGCCCGCAACCUACUUAUUGGUUGCAGAAAGCAUUGAAGUAAUCCCAAAAGAUCUUAAUGAAUAUCGUGCUGCAGAAGCUGUCAUUCAAUACAAAAAUGCGGCAUUCGUAUAUCCAAAUAAGGCUAUCCCCAAUCCAUGUUCGAAGGAAAAACCAUGUACAACAUUCAAUUGCCCAUAUUUGUACUAUCCUACAGAAUCAAACAGAACAUGUAUCACGUAUGACAAUGUGUACGGGAAUGAAACAUCGUCAGUUUUUGAAGAGGUUGAUAACGUUGAUGACACACUGUUUUUCAAUUUUGCUUUUCCCGGAGAACCGGGAAAUACACCUGGUUCUAUCAAUGGACAUCAAUUUGAAGUACCAGAGUAUCCUAUUAUUUCAGAAAAGAAAUUAACCUCAGAAUGUGACGCGUCCCUUUGUAAUGCUGAUUCUAUCUACACCUGUACGUAUACCGUAGACCUUGUCCAAAAUAAAGUUUACCAAUUUGUCCUGAUAAAUAUUGGCGAUGGUCGUGGUUGGUCUCACCCAGUUCAUCUUCAUGGACAUUUCUACGUAUUAAAGAUGGGGUUUGGUGUUUAUAAUAACAUCACAGCAAAAUUCAUGACGGAAACUGACGAUGUUAAAUGUUUUGGUACAAAAAACUAUUGCAAUUCUGCUUCCUGGAAAAAUGAUACCUGGAUCAAAGAUGCGUCAUCAAUACCAGGAUUGAAUACAAAAUUUCCACCGAAAAAAGACACAGUUAUAGUCCCAACGGGUGGAUACGUUGUUAUUCGGUUUAAGACUGACAAUCCAGGGGCUUGGUUCUUUCACUGCCAUAUUGAUCUUCACAACACUAAUGGAAUGGGCAUGGUUCUACUGGAAGCCAAAGACAAUUACCCAGCCAAACCGGAAAAUUUCCAGUCCUGUUGGGAUGUUGUCAACAAAAAUGCCAAGUCGAAAGAUUGGGACUUUAAUAACGUGAGUGGCAUAAUAUUUGGUAUCCUUGUUCUGAGCGCCUGUAUUAACGCUAUACUGGUAUACAAGUUGCGUAAACGUAAAUCUACUUAUGAAACAAUUUAGAAAAAUGAACAUUCUUGACAAUUUUCCCGAUUCUGAGUUGUGAAAUACCGGAUAUAUCAUGUGGAAGAAAACUGUAUACAUGUUUUGUUUAAUCAUUGCAAUCUCACAGUUUUUAGUAUAACUACAUUGCUAAGCAAAACUUGUAAAUGUUUGAAAAACAUGUUAUUUACAAUGAAAUUCAAGAAAUUCUAAGUAGCAACCUUCUUAACAUGACCUCGUUUUGAAAUAUAACUAUAUACAAUUUUUAUAUAUGAUUGAAUAUAAAUCGAUGAUGUGAAUUGAACGUAGAUAUAUUUUCAGAUGCCAAUACAAUUAUCAAUUUUGAA